AUGAACGAUCCUAAGAAUUUGGCCGCCACCGCGCUGCACGGUGUUUAUAUCCCAACCGCAUUGAUUCUCUUUGGAGUCACCAUCCUUAAUUACGAUUACCUACCGCAUACCAUUGCCAUUCUGGUAUUGUACUUCACCGGCCAAUGUGCCAUUGCAUGGUUCAAAAGUCCCGUUUUGAGCAGCGACAAGUUCCAGAAAUACGAGCUUCUAGAUAAAACCAUCAUCUCCAAAAAUUCAGCUAUAUACAGAUUCAAGCUUCCACGCGAAACUGAUACUCUGGACAUUCCUAUUGGUCACCAUUUGGCCUGCAGAUUCGUUGUUGACGACAAAGAGGUCGUUCGCUACUACACCCCGAUCUCCAACCAGUACGACGAAGGAUUUUUUGAUAUCUUGGUGAAGUCGUACCCAGACGGUACUGUGUCUCCUCGGUUUGCUGCUCUCCAGCCCGGCCAGUUCGUCGAGUUCAAAGGCCCUGUCGGAAGAAUGUCUUACCAAACAAACAUGGCCAGCGAGAUCGUCAUGAUUGCAGGAGGUUCUGGAAUCACUCCUAUGUUGCAAGUGAUUGGAGCAAUCAUCACUACACCAAAGGAUAUCACGAAAGUGCAUUUGAUCUACGCAAAUGAGACCGAGAACGAUAUUCUGCUCAAAGACGAGCUGGACGAGUUUGCUGCCAAGUAUCCAAACUUUGAAGUUACAUACGUCCUCAACAAGCCCUCUGGAAACUGGAGGGGAUUCACAGGGUACGUCUCGAAACACUUGCUCGAGAAAACUUUGCCAGCUCCGGACGCUGAUAAACGGGUCUUUAUCUGUGGUCCUAUGGAGAUGAGAAAGCAAAUGCUCCAGUACACCGAGGAGCUUGGAUGGCCAAAGGGUGUGAUCAGCUCAAAGCAAGACGACCAAGUGUUCUGUUUCUAG